AUGGCAACUAGUGAUGAUUAUGAAUACAUGAACGAAAGCUCAAUUCAUGAAGACUUGCUCUGUCCUAUAUGUACUGAUCCACUUGAAGAUCCUCUCUGUGCCAAUCAGUGUGGACAUACAUUUUGUCGAAAAUGUAUUACAGAUACUUUUCGUGAUAUGUCCAGAUGUCCAACAUGCCGUCAUGAUUUGAAACUUGAAGAUUUUCAUCCUGUCACCAUACGUCCUUUUCUUAAUCAACUUAAUCAAUUACUUGUUAAAUGCAAAUGGUGUUCACAAAUUAAUAUUCAACGUGGUAAUUUCAAAGAUCAUAUGAUAAAUUGUGAGGAAAGAAGGGUAUCAUGUCCAGCAGCCCAUCUUAAAUGUGAUUGGAAGGGACAACAUGAUAAAAUGCACGAUCAUGUUAGUAAAUGUCCAUUAAUAAAAGUUCAACCGAUCAUAGAUGAACUCAAUGCAUCAGUCAAACAACAAUCGGAACAAAUACAUUUUCUCUAUACAAUACUCGAAAAAACAUCGAAAAGUCAUAGCCAAGCAUGUCAAGAGCGCUAUAAAGCACGUGGAGUAGCACGGUGUGAUAUGUGUGGAAAAUCAUUUACAUUUAAUGAGCACAUACGUCGACUACAUUAUUGUCCUAAUACAGACUUUUGUUCUGAUUGUGUGAAAAAAUAUUUUCCGUAA